AUGUCACAGUGUUCUUCGGCAGCUGAUCUUGGAUCAGAUCCCGCUACGGGCGAGCUGAUCGGCUCGUGCCCUGAGUCUGUGUCUGAAGAUGCGGAGCGCGCCAUUCUCUCGGCAGCUACGGCGCUGCCGGCUUGGAGAUCUCGAUCCGGUCGAGAUCGAGCGCGCAUACUUCGUCGAUGGUAUGACCUGAUCAUGGAGAACAAGGCCGACUUAGCCACCUUGAUUACUUGGGAAAACGGCAAAGCAAAGGCAGAUGCGGCUGGCGAGGUGGUCUUUGCUGCCAGCUUUCUGGAAUGGUUUGCCGAAGAAGCAGCACGAAUCUAUGGAGACGUGAUACCCCACAGUAACCCAAACAUGAGAGUGUCUGUGUUGAAAGAGCCGGUCGGUGUUUGUGGUCUCAUCACUCCCUGGAACUUUCCUGCCGCGAUGAUCACAAGGAAGCUAGCGCCAGCACUGGCUGCCGGCUGCACUGUAGUGGUGAAGACCGCUGGCGAGACACCAUUCACUGCCAAUGCUGUCAUGCAGCUUGGUCAACGGGCGGGUGUGCCAAAGGGCGUAGUCAACAUCAUCUCGGUCCUCGAAAACACUCCAGAGAUUGGGGCGACAUUGUGCCAAUCUGAGAUGGUCCGUAAAAUCUCCUUCACAGGAUCAACACGUGUCGGAAAGCUUCUCAUGCAACAGUCUAGUCAGACGUUGAAGAAGAUGAGCCUGGAGCUAGGUGGCAAUGCCCCUUUUCUGGUGUUUGAGGAUGCGGACCUGGAUCUCGCAGUAGCUGGUGUGAUUGCAAGCAAGUUUAAGUCGUCGGGACAAACAUGCGUCUGCGCGAAUCGAGUAUUUGUGCAAGAGGGUAUACACAAGGCGUUUGUUUCCAAGUUGAAGGAGGAAAUGAGCAAGUUCAAGGUUGGACACGGCUUCGACGAGGAAGUCACUCAUGGACCUCUCGUCAGCGCCGAAGCUGCUCAGAGGGUUGCGGGUCUCGUUCACGACGCUGUUCAGGGAGGCGGCUGUGUCGAAAUCGGAGGGAAAGCACGGCCGGAUCUUGGACCAAAUUUCUUCGAGCCCACCGUCAUCACGAAUCUUAAACCGAGCAUGAGGAUUUUGGAGGAGGAAAUCUUCGGCCCAGUGGCUCCCAUCUUGUCAUUUGAGACGGAGGAAGAGGUGGUUGAUGCCGCCAACCGGUGUGACGUGGGCCUCGCAUCUUACAUCUUCACCAACGACCUCAACCGUGCGACGCGGGUGUCCGAACUGCUGCAGUUUGGAAUGGUGGCCUUAAACACCGGGGUCAUUUCCGAUGCAGCCGCUCCGUAG